AUCAUAGUGAUAGCAAAUACAGCAAAAUUACCAAAAAUGUUUGAAAUUAUUAUUGAUAAAUUUCGUUAAUGUUCUUUUCAACAUAUGUUUAUAUAAUAGCUUGCAGUUUUGUGUUGAUAAUAAACAAAUAAUUUAGUUUUUUUAUACGUGUCUUGUGGUAUGUUUUAAGUGUGAUCCUCAAGUGAAUAGGAACAAUAAUCUUGAAAAAUGCUCAAUGGUCAUUACUCAAAAGACUGAUUUAUCGCAAAAAUGAAGUGGCUAGUUUUAUCGGUGUUGUUUGUUGGUGUAGUGAAUGCCCAAGAAGAGACUCUCUGCUAUGGACCGGGAUCAUUGGCAGCUGGUAUCAUCUUAACGUUUCUGUUGACUUUAGUGCUUCUAUGGGCUGUGUACUUCUGGAGGAGUAAAAGACGCUCAAAAACAGAUCACCUGAUUUUGGAAACUGAUCCUGAAAAAGGAAAGGGGGAAUUUGCAUUCGACAAUCCAGGUUUUAAAGAUGCUACUUUCCUGCCCAAUAACAAAACAGUGGAAACGCCCCAAGAAAAGAACAAAUCAUCAAAAUGGAACCAAUGGUCUCCUCUCUCGGUGCUAAACGUAAAAUCCGAAAAGUCGGAGAAGAAAAGAACUCUUGACGAUUCAGCUUUGGGGGAAAAGGAGGUAAAAGUCAUAUCAUUACGAAGUGAAGACUUCACUGGCUUGGGAUUCAACAUUUGCGGUAAUAUGCGAGAAGGAAUCUACAUCAAGGAUGUGUUACAUAGAGGUCCCGCCUACGAUUCCGGUAAACUCAAUUCAGGUGACCGCAUAAACAGCGUAACCAUCAACUUUGAACACAUGGUAUAUGAAGACGCCUUGGCUAUCCUCAGUUAUGCUAGUCCCUACGAAGUAGUCAUCGAAGCCAAAGGCGGCAAACUGAUCCACAAUGUACCUGGUCAAGGAGGCCAGCCCGGCCAUCCUGUGUACAAGAGUUCUUCCCAUUUGGAUUUAUAUAACGUUGACAAAACCGGAAAGAAGAAGAACGAUAGCGGAUCCCUGGACUCGAACUACUCCAGCUUGAAAAAAUCCAUCAGCAACAUGACGACGUUGGAAAGAAAGGAGUCAAACUCACCGAGAAUCAACGCAACCCCCAAGAAAAUCGUCAACAACAUAAACCCCGAACAUCUUAAAGUUCAGCUAGAACAAAGAAUCGACAAUCAUGCCAAAGGAAAAGAUCAAGAGCCCAUGGAGAUGGAAACUCAGAAGACGGAGAAUAAGUUUCCUAAAUUUGGGAUAAGAGUGUUGCCGUCUGAGCGGCAGACGAGUCCAAAAAGUGCUGAACAAAACGACAACAACAUUAACAUAGAGAAGCAUUUGGAAGCUAAGCCGAUCAGUAUAGACGAAGUGGAUGACUCCAAGCUACCUCCUCCUGUUAAGAAGCGUGAAAAGAAAGUCGAGAAAACUGAGAAUUUUGACAGGAAUAGCUUAAACAGCUCUGGCAUUAAAAGGGACCCACAAGGGAUUCCGCUUGAACUGCCUGAACAUAUGUUAAAUGCAGCUACAGCAGUAGUAAACAACAGGAAGUCUCUAAAUAGAGAAUCAGUGAGUGUCGACGACCAGAAAUUGGUCAAAAAGAAAGGAAAAGCACCAUUGAUACCAGAAGAUGCCAAAUCAACAAACUAUGAUGAAAUACAACCAGCUAAAGAAGAAUCUCUUAAAGAUAUUUCUUUAGGAGACACACUAGAAUUAACUUCUACCCCUAAUAAAGAUUCCAAGUGCUAUAAUUCCGAUUCGGAUGGUGAAACGGAUAACAACUCUUCUGUGAACACCAUCGAGCUCAAUUCUAGUGACAUUACUAUUCAUCAAACCGAAGAAGAAGAGCGGCAAAAUAGAAAAACUGUUAGUACCGGGGACUUAACCAAAAUCAAAGAAAGCAAGUCUAAUACAGGCACAUUGGAACGAGCUCAAAGUCUUGACAUUUCAGACACUACAAUUCCUUCCAGGAAACGAAAAGUUGUCAGAAACGACGAAGACUAUUUGAAAUCAGACGAAGAUCUUUUCAGAAGCGAAGUACUAAACAAAGAACCUCGAUUGUCGUUGAUUCUGGAUGGUUUGAAUACUUUCCAAAGAAACAGACUCAAAAAAUCGACAGAGUGGGGCAAUUUAGAGGAUGCGAUUUUAAAACUUAAUCAAGAAGACGAAAAAGACGGCCAUAGCUCACUGGAAGCAGAUAACAGUGAGUACCACGCAGUGGUUAACAAAAUAAACGAGAUCAAAAGGGAGUCUGAAGAUGUAUUGACUGACCCUAAUAGUCCUAAGAAGAUAAAAAAUGAAAUUUGGCCCGAUAUCAGCAAAUCUGGUGAUUCAGUUGUUGAUAUUAACGAUAUGGUAACAGUUGUAAGUGAUGAAGUUGUAAAGAUAGAAGAUCUUGGUAUGAUUGAUACCCGUUUACCCGAAAAGCCUGUUUUACUAGUAGUACAAAAGAACGCGAAUAUCAACAACAAAAUUUACGAACCCUUCGACCUACAACAACCUGAUGUAGAUCCAAGUCCUCCACCUAAGCAUGACGUAGAGAUCGUCAUUCCAGAACGAAAUAAACGACAAAGAUUGCCCGAUAGUUCAGCGGUACCGGUACCGCCGGAUCCAGUACCGGAGAUACUGGACGAAUGGGAUAUAGCGUUCCCAGAAAACAUCACCAAUACCUCCCCGCCUCAUUCUUUGGAGACUGAGGAUGUUGUACCUCUGCAGUACUCGCCGGUGCCUAAACCAGAGGAGGUGCUUUCCAAGAUUCCGUUGCUCAACUCCAUGGUGAAGAACCAGAAGGAAGAAGCCAUGAAACAGUCGGUUUUGAGCGCAAACAUCACAGAUGAGACCAAGACUGUGGUUAGUCUAAGUGCUUUACCUGUGGAGUCAAACCUGAAGGAGGUAACACAAAACUUUUUGUACACGGAGCAGCUAAAUAACGAACCUGAGGAUAUUUAUUCACCGAAAUCAUACGACGUUAAUGUUUCGGACGAUAUUAAAGUCUCUAGGCAUUCGUAUGAAAGCCUCGAGAGACAGAACCCAAAAAGCGACGAUGCCAAAUCUCAGAAUUCAGUUAAACACGUCAGCAAUAUCAGUGUUACCAACUCAGCGAAUGGUGACUCCGAAUUACACAGUUUGGAGUUUAGUAUAAACGAAUCUCAAGACAUGUACACUACAGCUUUAGAAAAUAGAGAUUUUAACGAUAGUAAAGUAGUACUAAACACCCCUGAUUUGAUCAAAAAUGCUACUCUAACAGAAGCUAUUAAUACCUUAAACAACGAAGUUACUUAUACGAAUCAAUUGGAUGCUAGUGACGACAGCAAGAAAGGAAAUUCAUCACAUACAUACAUCACAGAAAUUAAAGUCACACCAAACAAUUAUAAGCAAACGAACGUGUCUGAAAUAGAGAUCAAAUCUGAGGAACCACAACCAGAAAUUCCUCUGUCCCCACCUCCAGAAGACGACAGAAAUCUGGACAAGGAAUUCGAGAACUAUGUCAAAAGCUUCGAAGCCAAGUUGGAGCAUUUCGAAAACAACAUCCAUAAUUUCGAUAAGAGUUUAGAAGACUUCAUCAAAGAAGAACCACAAGAGGUGAAAACUGAAGAAAAAGUUGACGAAAAAGAGCUGCACAAGAUCCAGAAAAUUGCAGAGCAGCAGCUUAAGAAGCUACCGGAGAUGAAGUUUACGACAUCUAGUUAUGAGAGUUCAAAAAUUCCCGAGAAGCGGCACUCACAGGUCGAGUUACUGAAGUCCAACUUCGAGAAGUCUCCCGCGAAACCUCCAAAGCCUGAAUCGGCGACGAAGUCGCGCAUUCCAAUAGCUACCGCAAAAACACCUCCAACUUCCCCUGAAAGGAGGGAUUCCAGGAAUCUGGAGAACGAGAACGACAAGGCUAUCUUGGAACUGAUGUCGUCCUCCAUGACGUCCACUCCUUACACGACUAAAAUAAAGCCUCCAAACAAGAACAUCACAGUAACUUCGAUAAGAACGAGUUCCAAGAUACCGUCUGGUCUUCCAACUUUGGGAGGUACGAGGACUCCAAGAAAAAUUGAGAUCAGCGAUGAAAAUGUGGUGCAAGUAUCGACCAAUGGAAAUGGGAGUGUGGAAAGUAGCUUUAAACAGUGGGUAUUUAAUCCGUCCAAUGUAACAAACGUUACAGUUACUCAGAGUAAAGAAGAAAAGAAGUGACCUUAGCUAGGAAGUUAGUGUUAUUGGACUGAGUAGGCAAUGUGGAGUGGAAACAGUUGUGGGAAUUCUUAAAUUAGUUGUAAGAACUUUUGGAAUAGGUUUCAAAGAAAAACUAGCCAGUACAAAGAACAAAUUGUUUUGUAUAUUUUACAGGUCCAAAGUAGGGAAAGUGGCAAAAAACACAACCUAAUAUAUCAAUACCUAAUAUAUCAACCAGCCAAUCCAAAAUUAGUUAUGGAUUCUGAAAUUUUAUAUGUACUUAGUUGUGAAUAAUUUUGGAAAUGGCGCAUACAAUAGGAUUAGCCAUGACAACAGUCAAUAUUUUCGGAGAAAAAUCAAUAAAUACCGCAGAUGACAAAAGAAUUAGCACUAACACAAUUACAUGUUUCUUCAUGUUUGCCAUUUUUAUUUAUCCUUGAUAUGUUCACCUAAUUUCUUACAGUUAUCUACACUUCCAGCGCCAUAUUUCUUUUCAGUCCUUCAGUUUCAAACUUGAAACACAAUUUAUUUUGCAAUUCUGUUUUAUUUGUAUCCAAACAAAUUCUGUGAUGUUUCUAUCUGGUUAGUAUGGUAAGUUUGAAAGAUAUUAGAAGUAUUUUAAACAAACCGCCACCCCAAAAAAUGGGUAAUUUUUAAUGUCUUGUAUUUCCUAAACCUGAUGUCCGAUUAAAGUAAUUUUUUUAAUAUGUUAUAGCCUUAUUCUUUAUUAAUAUCGCUGUAAGAAUAUUAUUGCUAGAUAGGUACAUUGGCAUUGUAUACAGGGUGUACGAAUCAAACUGGGUUUUUUUCUCAAACUUUGGAACACCCUGUGGAAUGUUCUGGCUUUUAUAAAAUACUGAAAUUAAAACCCAACUAUAGCUUCCAGUUUUCGUAACAUUCUGUUUUUUCAUUCAUUCGCUUAUGUUGGAUAAUAAAAAAGUUAGGCACUUUAACAACUACCCCUGUUUUUCGUCAAUAUAGGGUGUUUUUAAAUAAGUACGGCAAACUUUAAGGGGUAAUUCUGCAUGAUAAAAUAAUGACAGUUGGCUUUAUAAACGUAUGCCCGCAAAUGCUGUGUUUCCGAGAUAGGGGGUGUUGAAAUUGUUCUUACAAACUGACGAUUUAUUUAUUGCUCUAAAACGGUUUGUUAUAUGCAAAUGAAGUUUGGUAGAUUUUAAGAGGUAGUUAUUGCGCAUUUUUUGGCCAUUGACGUGCAUACGGGAUAUAUCUAAAAUGUUUAUACCCGUAUGCACGCCAAUGGUGAAUAUAAAAUUCUUAAUUGUAUGCCAAAAAAUGCGCAAUAAUUACCUCUUAAAGUCUACCAAAUUUCAUUUGCAUAUAACAAACCGUUUUAGAGCGAUAAAUAAAUCGUCAGUUUGUAAGAACAAUAAUUUCAACACCCCCUAUAUCGGAAACGAAGCAUUUACGGGCAUACGUUUAUAAAGCAAACUGUCAUUAUUUAUCAUGCAGAAUUACCCCUUAAAGUUUGCCGUACUUAUUUAAAAACACCCUGUAUUGACGAAAAACAAGGGUAGUUGUUAAAGUGCCUAACUUUUUUAUUAUCCAACAUAAGCGAAUGAAACAAAAAACAUCAUGUUAAAAAACCUGAGGCUAUAGUAGGGUUUUAAUUUCAGUAUUUUAUAAAAGCUAGAACAUUCCACAGGGUGUUCCAAAGUUGGAGAAAAAGACACAGUUUGAUUCGUACACCUUGUAUACAAUCACAAUGUGCCUGUCUAGCAACAAUAUUAUUACAGCGAUAUUUUUAAAGAAUAAGGCUAUAACAUGUUAAAAGAAUUACAUAAAUCGGAUAUCAGGUUUAGGAAAUACAAGACAUUAAAAAUGACCCAUUUUUUGGGGUGGCGGUUUUUUGUGCCGGUGAGUGUAUAUUGCACGAUGCAAAUAAGAAACCCAAUAAGAUUAUGGAAAUAAGGGAGUCAUUAAAUAAAAGUGACAAUAUUUUUAUAAACACCCUGCAUUUUGUAUACAAUUCUUCUAACAUAUUUUGCCAUGUACUAUUUAUUUGCAGUGGAAUCUAUUUUUAUUUAAGAAUAUUUAGUAAAUUCCAAGGAUUGUCCCUAAAACUUAUAAAAUUUAUAAUUAUUUUAAAUAAAUAUUGUAUAAAUGAUCAUUUUAAGGAUGUUUAUCGUUAAUACGCUUCUUACAACUGUGUCCAUUCCAGCAAUAUUUUAUUUUUGUAAGGAUAAAGUAAUGCUCAACUAAGAUUACCUAUUUUUUACAUACAUGAUAUGUGUAUCUAUGUGGAAAGAUUAGUGAUGAAACGUAAAGCAUUUUAUACUUAUUGUUGAAGAUAUUUUGUACAUAUAUUUAGUAGAUUUAUAUUUUUUAUAAAGUUAUUGUUGAAAGUUCUACAAAUUUUAAAGGUGGAUAUUGUAAUAUACUUACCUUAUAAGACAGCAAAUAAAUUUUUUAUCUAUA